UUCAUUUGCUUGGAGGCCCGUCGAGACAAGAGCAACCAUGAUGAUGCAACCGCAAAUUAUCCUCCUCAAGGAAGGGACCGACACGAGCCAGGGCAAGUCGCAGCUCAUUAGCAACAUCAACGCGUGCCAGGCCGUGAUGGAGAGCGUCCGCACGACGCUCGGUCCCCGUGGUAUGGACAAGCUCAUCCACAAGGGCACGAAGACGACGAUCUCGAACGAUGGCGCCACCAUCAUGGGCCUCUUGGACAUCGUGCACCCGGCGGCCAAGACCUUGGUCGACAUCUCGCUCUCGCAGGAUGCUGAAGUUGGCGAUGGUACGACGUCGGUUGUCUUGCUCGGCGGCGAGUUCCUCAAGCAGGCCAAGCCGUUCGUUGAGGAAAACAUGCAUCCGCAGACGAUCAUCAAGAGCUACCGCAAGGCUUGCCAGUUGGCCGUCCAGAAGAUUCGCGACAUCCAGGUCCGCGUCUCGGAAACGGACUCUGUUGGUUACCGUCAAAUGUUGGAGCGUGUUGCCGGCACGGCGCUCAACUCGAAGCUCAUUAGCUCGCAGAAGGGCUUCUUCGCGCCGAUGGUUGUCGACUCGAUCUUGAGCCUUGACACCGACAUGGACAUCACGAUGGUCGGUAUCAAGAAGGUCCCCGGUGGCUCCGUCACGGACUCGUUUAUGGUUCGCGGUGUCGCCUUCAAGAAGACGUUUUCGUACGCCGGCUUCGAGCAGAUGCCCAAGUACUUCAAGAACCCCAAGAUCCUGCUUCUUAACGUCGAGUUGGAACUCAAGUCGGAGAAGGAGAACGCCGAAGUCCGCCUUGAUGACCCGUCGCAGUACCAGUCGAUUGUCGACGCCGAGUGGAACAUCAUUUACGACAAGCUCGACAAGUGCGUCAAGUCGGGCGCCCAGAUCAUCUUGUCCAAGCUGCCGAUCGGUGACUUGGCCACGCAGUACUUUGCCGACCGCGGCUUGUUCUGUGCCGGCCGUGUUGCGCAGGACGACAUGGAGCGUACGAUGCGCGCGACCGGCGGUGUCAUCCAGACGAGCGUCCAGGACAUGACGCCCAACGUUCUGGGCAGCUGCGGCGUCUUUGAGGAGAAGCAGGUCGGCAACGAGCGCUACAACCUCUUCACCGAGUGCCCCAAGUCCAAGAGUGCGACGCUCGUGUUGCGCGGCGGCGCCGAGCAGUUCAUCGAGGAAGCCCACCGGUCCGUCCACGAUGCGCUCAUGGUCGUCAAGCGCACGGUCUCGUCGUCGACGGUCGUUGCUGGUGGUGGCGCCAUCGAAAUGGAGAUGUCGCGUCACUUGCGCGAGUACGCGCGCACGGUCGAAGGCAAGGCGCAGCUCUUGAUCAACGCCUUUGCCAAGGCAUUUGAAAUCAUCCCGCGCCAGCUCGCGGACAACGCCGGCCACGACUCGACCGACAUUUUGAACCGCCUGCGCCAAAAGCACUUCAAGGAACCCGAGACGGGCAAGUGGUUCGGCGUCGACAUCAACACGGGCGGCAUCUGCGACACAUACGCGUCCCACGUCUGGGAACCCGCGGCCAACAAGAUCAACUCGGUCGCUGCCGCCACGGAAGCUGCAUGCUUGAUCCUCUCGGUCGACGAGACGGUCCGGAACCCGAAGUCGGAGCAGCCCCAGGCUGGUCCCGGCGGCCCCGGCGGUGCGCCCAUGAGCGCAGCCAUGGGUGGCCAGGGUAUGCGUGGCAUGGGCAUGAACGGCCGCGGCGGCUUGGGCAAGGGUGUCCGUGCCUUCCGCGGCAAGGGCGGCGCAUAGACGUCUCGUAUUUGGAUAGUAUGUAGGUUACUCCAUCAUUUUUAACACAGAAAAUGACUUCAGAACAGA